AUGAAGAUCAUCGUUGGAAUCCUUCUUCUCACCUUCGUCGCUUUUUUGGCAGGUCAAGUUCAGGCACAGAAUGAGACAGAAGCCGAUCCGGCUGGACUCCCAGGCAUUCCAGGAGUUUGCUUCCUUUCGUGUUUACUCUGUCCCUUGGCGCUUGGAAAGAAGAUGACAGAAAAAUCCACUUGCAAAAAGAGAAGAACCACUCAAUUUACCAUCUUCCACUUUGUCUCAAUGACAAGGGACGAAGCUUGUCAUUACACAUUAAAUUAUACAUCUCAUUUUUCCUCCGGCCACCAAUUUUCUCCGCGAAGUAUUACAAUUAUCACGAGAACCAAUGCAACAAGCAUGCGUUUGUUCAAGGCUCGCAGAUCGAGCGACAAUCUCGCCACGACAGUAAUUAUCGAGCCAACGGCCGCUCAGUCCGCAUCCCUGACCAAGGAAGCCGCGACUGGAGUCGCCGAGGAGCGCCCCAAUUGCCGCCAUAACUCACCGCUGGCGCCCGAGACGACUAACGACUGCACGGCGGCCACUAAUGCCACCAUCGCCUCACCUGCUGGCGUCGCCUCGCCAAAGUCGCCGCCACCUGAUCCCGACAAGAGCCCCACAGUCGCGCUAAUUGGACAAAAUGUCACGUCAUUAAUUACCGCCCCAAAAAAUGUCGAAACACACUUGCUUUUAUGCCUCUUCUUCUCCUCUGCCCCAAAAGGUCGAUUGCCCGGCUACAAAGUUGUGACGGCAGUUCCAGCUGUUGUGCUGGAAGACACCGAGUCAGCUCCUGCCACACCAAUAACAUCGCCACCGGCGGCCAAGGAGUCUAAGAACAUGUUCACGUGGGGCCGCAAGAUGGGCAAGAAGCUCGAUCUGUUGCGCCGCAGCGACUCCACCAAGACGCCAACGCCCAGCGGCCAGCACUCGGCGGACACACUGCGGAAGCACCGCUCGACGCUGGCGUGCAUGACAUCGGGCGGCACGGCGGAGCGCCUCAUGAAGCCGCACCGCGACCGAUCGCCCAGUCCCUUCAAGACCUUCACGUUCUUCCGCAUCGGCAGCACCGGCAUGGGCAUGCUGCACAACGCCCGGAAGGCCGAGUCGCCGCGCGCUGGGGUGCAGCUCUACCGGAGCAGCUCCACCAGCCAGCUCAACACGUGCUCGUACGUGAAGUGCGACGAUCCUACGGACGGCGUCAACCUGGCCAGCCGGAGCAUCGCGCCGCGUAACACCGAGAAGUCCUCCAGCUGUGACGACAUCGCCAAGGUGGCCAGCGAGGGCUCACAGCAGACGCCCAAGCGACCUCACUUCCCGUACGCCUUCCUGCGCUCCAAGCUCUCCGUUCUGCCCGAGGAGAACGGCGGAUCUGUGGUCAAUCAGUCGCGGAUGCGCGAGAAGAUGCUUCAGCGACCGCACUCCACCGGAGAUCCCCUGGAGAUGCCCUCGACCGAGAGCCAGGACAUCUCCAGGGUGUCAGACACGUCGUCAGUGCCGAGCGAGAGCCCCAAGAGUCGCAUCGUCAGCGUGUCCAGGAAGAGUUCUAUCAACCAGAACUCCGAUGUCGAUUCUGCCCUGUCGCAGACCAAUAUCUCGCGCCACAACAGCACGGCGUCCACAGACUGGGGCCCCGGUGUGUACCAGCGUCUCUCCAGCUGCCUCAGCUCCAAUGAGUCCGGCUACGAUAGUGACGGCAGGCACGCCGAGGAGAACCACAGCCCCAAGUCAGACAGCCAAGUGAACCUGUCCAAGUGCUCAGAUCCCUACAUAGAGGCUGUGCGCAGCCAGGAGAAGCCCGAGUCCGGCGUGCGAAGGCGCUUCCGCCAGAUCCGGCUGGAAAAGAGCACUGCCGUGGAGGCAAUCGGCCUGGUGCUCACGCCGCAGACGCGUGUGGAGGACAAUGAAGUGGAAAUGAGAUACAUCAUAGCCGAGAUAGAUCCCAGUGGCGUCGCGCACAGAGAUGGACGCCUCCGCGUCGGUGAUGAGAUUGUCAAUGUAAAUGGUCAUCAUUUACGUGGCCUCCAAUCGCCAAGCACCGUGCAGCGGAUUCUCACCUUUGUGGACAACUGCGUAGACCUCGUCAUCGCGCAUGACGAGUUAACUACCCUGGCGAGUACCUUCAGCAGUACAAAGAUUCGCAUUGGCGACGACCAGUCCAGGAUGGGCGCCAAGCGGCUCUCGUGCAGCGAUCUGGAUCAGCUGGUGUUGCACACCACUGACAACAGUCCGCAGCGCAAGGCGCUGCUGUCGCCCAUGCGGACACUGGCCAGGAGUCGCGUCCCCAAGCCCUUCCCACUCACGCCCCUCUACAAUGCCACGGAGUACAUUCCCGUGUACGCGAACCGCAUCACCAUCACCAACACCAUCAGCGACGACGAGAAGUGGCAGAUGCUGAAGAAGCGCCCUUCCGACUCCGCGCCCGCGUCCACGCAGCUCUCCCCGCGCUACUCCAUCUCCAGCACCGCCUCCACGUCGCGCUGCAGUCCCACGAUUGCCGUGAGCGACGCCGAGGACGACGAGGAACCCUUCAAGUCCAUCAUCCCCAUUCCUCCCAACUUCAGCCUCACCAAGCGCGCCCACUCCCUUCCCGAUCCCGAAAUCCUCCGCCAGACGCCCGCCCACAGUGGACCCACGUCACCGGACAGCGACAACGCCGCCGAGCGCACGCGGCCCGGCUAUCGCUCCAUCAAGUUCAAGAAGAAGGCUGACGCCGAGCCCAAGUCCUUCAAGAGUGAAGCCACGCUGCAGCUCACCGUGCCCGUGGACUGCAGAAUUCAGCGCUCGCACACGGACGGAAACCUGCCGGAGCCCGUGGCAGAGACGAGCCUCAACAAGUGUGCUCAGAAGCAUGCCAGUUCGCAAGAGAAUACCACGAUCUCAGGUGGAAAAGACGGUGCCCAGAACAAUUCUCAACUCAUAGUGAAAUUCUACAAGGGAACUGGCAUGAAGUCACUGGGAUUCAGCAUUGUUGGCGGGAAAGACUCCCCAAAGGGCAACAUGGGAAUCUUCGUGAAGACUGUCUUCCCAAGUGGACAGGCGGCUGACGAUGGGAAAUUGCAAGCGGGAGAUGAAAUACUCAAGAUCAACAGCACCAAUGUUCACGGCAUGAGUCAUUCGGACACAAUAGCACUGUUCAAGAACGUCCGCGAGGGUCCAAUAGUGCUGCGAGUGGCGAGGAGGAAGCAUCAGCGUGCGAAAUCCCUGGACAGCAUGCAGAGCUCAUGAUCAGCUGCAGCCCAUGUGACCCAAUCGCGCCGUGCAAUGACGUAACUUUAGGAGUUAAUUUAACAUUAAAAAGCAGUAUAAAAUAGGAAUUUUUUUUCUGAGUGUGUUUAGGUGUAUAAAUUUUAGUUGUGUAGCUCUAUUUUCACGACAAUUCAUUUGCGAAUUGGGAAGAAACUCCCCUCUAGUCACCAUUAUUUGCUUGUUGAAAUGCAAAAGAGUUAAUAAAAGUU